CUGCACUGUAGAGUUACAUUCACAAUCACAAGUCCUCUGAUCACACACGGCGUAGUGCAAGUGUUUUGCAGCAUAUUUGCUUUGAAAUACUCUUUGCUGGUUUUGUUGUUGUUGUUGUUAUUCAGUUACUUGUGAACGGACACAAACAUUUUAUUUAUCCAAGGUUGUUUCCAAACGGAGUCCCGGUGAGGUGAUUUCUUUAAGUUUAAGCGCGCUAGCUUGCUUGUCAGCUAUAAUCGUGCCACUUUGCUAGCUGUUGAACCCCAACGUAUGUAUAGAUUUUUCCUCUUUGGAGAACAUAGAUUCAUCAAUACCACCAAUAAUCCAGUUUCGGUCGCUAAAGCUGCCGUUUCGCGAGUGUAAUACCCCCUCAGUAACUAAUCAAUAACAGCACAGAUCCAGCGAAGUGCAGUAGUGGGUGUUGACCCUUUCUUCUUCCCUGCUUUCUUUGGUUCCUCUGUCUGUCUGACUCUGAGGCAGCAUUGAUCCGAGGAUGGCUUCUCGAGGGAAAUCCGAAACUGGCAAAUUGAAGCAGAACAUGGAAGAACAGCUGGACAGACUGAUGCAGCAGCUUCAGGACCUGGAGGAGUGCAGGGAGGAUUUGGAGGAGGGGGAGUACGAGGAGACCAAAAAGGAGACUUUGGAGCAACUGGGAGAAUUUAAUGACUCCCUAAAGAAGAUCAUGUCUGGAGACAUGACCCUGGUAGAUGAACUCAGUGGAAUGCAGCUGGCAAUCCAGGCCGCCAUCAGCCAGGCUUUCAAAACCCCCGAGGUGAUCCGACUGUUUGCCAAGAAGCAGCCAGGACAGUUGAGAACCAGGCUGGCCGAGAUGGACCGCGAUUUGAUGGUGGGGAAGCUGUCCCGGGACGGGCACACGCAACAGAAAAUGGAAAUCCUCACAGCCUUGAGGAAGCUGGGCGAGAAGCUCACUGCAGAGGACGAGACUUUUCUCACCCAAAACGCUACCGCCACACUGAGCCAGUUUGAAAAAGUCACAGCUAAUUCAGGGUCGGAAGACAAAAUUUUGGCUCUAGCAAGCUCCAGUGUGAAAACCAAGGUGUAGAAAGUGUGCAAAUGUUCAUUUUAAGUCCUUUUAGAUUUUCGCCAAUGGACAAGUUUUUAAAAACAAUCACAGCCCUUUUAGGGGUUAAUGUCAACGCUAAUACUUUUUAACCGCACAGUUUUUUAUAUGUUAUUUUUGUAAAUGUCUUUUUUUUGUCAAACGUGGAGGAAAUGUCUGUAAUUAAGCUUAAUACUUUGUUAGCACCGGUUUGAAAAAAAAAAAAUGAAUGUCUCGUGUGAAAGUUGCAAAUGUAGCUGUGAGAACUAAUUUAUACUCUUAAGGUUUUAAAAUACUCAAAAACAGCACAAAUGCUUCUCAUUUGUUGACAGAAGCAGUUUGUUUGUCACCUUUUUUUUUCUUUUACAAGCAUUUAACUGAAAAAAACACACAUGAAUCCAAAUGCUGACUAAUGAUCCAGCUGUCUGUUGACGGUGCAAAUGGAUGCUUUUGUGCUUACAAUAAAUCAGAAGAUAAAUCUUU